CAUUGGAAACGACUUUUCUCAUAUCUUUUUCUUUCCUUUAUCUUUUACCUCUCUCUCUCUCUCUCUGAAAACCGCUUCCUCUCUUCGGUGGUUUUAGGGUUUGGACCUUUUCUCCCUUUAGGUGGUUUUGGGGGGUCAGGGCAUCCAGUCGCUAAACCUCUUAUUGUUUUCUGGUCCUUCUUGGCCUUGGAGUUUCGCGUUUUCUUCUUUCCUGUUAACUUUUGAGGGUUUGGAUUUGAUUCUUGCUAUAUCUAUUGGUUCUAGGGUUUGGACCUCUGAGGAUAGCGAACAGGUGGUUUUAGGGCUUGGAAUUCUGCGAAUUGCAGGGCUGGUUUUUCUUGUGUGGCGGAUUUACAGUUUCUUGGUUUGGACGGCGUGGAUCUCGUCUGGUAUGGUCAAUGGAAGGGAGGGAUCGUGAUGGCCCAUGAGGCUCGUUCGUGGGGGAUCUGAGUGGAUCUUCUUGUGCAAGAAGCGAGAUUUGGGGGUUUUCCCUGGUUUUUUGUUCGUUCUUGGUUUUUUUUUUUUUCUUGUUUCUCAUUCGCUUUGAGAGGGGGACAAACGUGAAGGUCUCUGGUAUUCAAAAUGGUGGAGUCGAAGCAGUUGGAGGCAAUCUCCGUUGCUGGACCAACCGAAGCUGAUCGUCAGAGGACCUUGGAACUUGAAAAGUAUCUCAUUGAGGUGGGCCUAUAUGAGAGCCAGGAGGAGGCAGCGAAGAGAGUUGAAGUUCUUGCUCAAAUUGACCAGAUUUGCAAAGGUUGGGUCAAACAGCUAACACGUCAGAGAGGCUAUACUGAUCAGAUGGUGGAGGAUGCUAAUGCCGUAAUAUUCACUUUUGGCUCAUAUCGUUUAGGGGUUCAUUGUCCUGGGGCAGAUAUUGAUACCCUUUGUGUUGGCCCGUCUUACGUGAAUCGGGAGGAAGAUUUCUUUAUUAUUUUGCAUGAUAUACUCGCUAGCAUGGAGGAAGUGAGUGAACUGCAGCCAGUUCCUGAUGCGCAUGUCCCAGUAAUGAAAUUUAAGUUCAAUGGGAUAUCAAUUGAUCUACUCUACGCCAGCAUAUCGCUCUUGGUUGUUCCAGAAGAUGUGGAUAUUUCACAUGGAUCGGUGUUAUACAAUGUUGAUGAACCCACUGUUCGAAGUCUUAAUGGCUGCAGGGUUGCUGAUCAAAUACUUCACCUUGUCCCCAAUGUUGAGCACUUCCGCACGACACUUAGGUGCUUGAAGUUUUGGGCAAGGAGACGUGGUGUUUAUUCUAACGUUACUGGAUUUCUUGGUGGAGUAAAUUGGGCUCUCUUGGUUGCACGUGUGUGCCAGCUUUUUCCAAAUGCUGUACCUUCUAUGCUAGUGCCCCGUUUCUUUAGAGUUUACACGCAGUGGCGCUGGCCAAAUCCUGUAAUGUUGUGUGAAAUCGAAGAAGAUGAACUAGGAUUUCCUGUUUGGGAUCCUCGUAAAAAUCCUCGCGACCGAACACAUCACAUGCCCAUAAUAACACCUGCAUAUCCAUGCAUGAAUUCCAGCUACAAUGUUUCCACUAGCACACUGAGAGUUAUGAUGGACCAGUUUGAAAAAGGGAAAAAGAUAUGCGAGGAGAUUGAAUUGAACAAAGCUCACUGGAGUGCUUUAUUCGAGCCCUACCUCUUUUUUGAGACAUAUAAGAACUUUUUACAAGUUGACAUUGAUGCAGCAGAUGCUGAUGAUUUGCGAGCUUGGAAGGGCUGGGUAGAAUCCCGUCUGAGACAGCUGACUCUUAAGAUAGAACGUGACACAUUGGGGAAGCUACAGUGCCAUCCAUACCCUAAUGAGUAUGUGGACAAGUCCAAACAGUGUGCACACUGUGCCUUCUUCAUGGGUCUGCAGCGGAAGCAAGGGGUGCAUGUUCAGGAAGGCCAGCAGUUUGACAUAAGAGCCACGGUCGACGAGUUUCGUCAGUCUGUCAACAUGUACAUGUUCCGGAGACGAGGUAUGGACAUCCGCGUGUCUCAUGUCAGAAGAAAACAGAUACCAUCCUAUGUUUUCCCUGAAGGGUACAAGCGGGUCCGGCCCUCGAGGCCUCUAAACACCACACCUGAAAGGAGCCCUCAAGGUAAAGAUGAUGAAUCCGGGGCAGCCGUGGUCGAGCACAAGCUAAAGAGGAAGUUAGAUGCUUCUCUUAACCCUUCUAGGCUAGAGAAGGGGGCAUCUACUAGCCCUGAAACUUGUUCAAGUGAUUCUUCAAGGCUCGAGAAGAGGGCUUCAAUUAGUCGAAGCACCCCAUCUAAGCCUCUCCUUUCUUGUUCACCCGAGGAGAGCAGCAUGAAGUCGAGUGUGACAUCUCAAGGGAGUUUGACGGAGGAGGUGGGGUCCGACAUGGCGGCUGUGGGACCCACGGGAGUUACCAUUGAUGAAGUGGAUGCGGUGGCGGUUGUGGGUUUGGAGAGCGGUGGGGCUUCAGAGACAGACAGCAAUGAUCCUGGCUUGGAAGAGGCAAUGGUGGAGAAUUUGACGGGAGCUGCCGCGUUUCAGAGUGGCCUCAUAGAAGAGUUAGAACCGGAUGUGGCUUUGGGAAGGGUUCUCAAGGCUCGGAGUGGAGUGAAUUCGAAGGCCUCUGUGCAGAAACCUGUGAUAAGGCAAGUCCCUAAAACGCCAUCGCAUCUAUGAAUAAAUCUUUGUUCCAUGUUUAUUUUUAUGCUGUCGAAAUUGCUUCUUUUUGCAGAUUAAGCCUUACAUCAACUGCUUGAGCUUUUCUCCUGCUUGUCCCCUUCUUGGGAAACCAUGUAAGUCCAACGCUAACUUUUCUGAACUCAUGGAAAUUUCUCCUGCAAGUUGUGCCCCCAGAAAAAAAAAAUAAAAGAAGAAAGAAAAAAAGAAAAAGAAACUAGAAAAAAGGAAGAAAAGAGGGAGAAAAGCGGAGAGGAAAUCAAAGAAAAUUGGAGAAGGGUGCGCUUAAGGAAGGAGAAAGCCCGCUAUUGUUUGGAAUGGUUAGAUUCUUUUACUACGCUGGCUCUUCUGAUUCGGGUAUUCAGGCUCUUUCAUCGAUGAAAAAAAUAUGUGGAAAUUGGAUGUACGCUUGUGUACAGAGGUGGCUUUCCAUGGUUUCCAAUUUGUUCAGCUGCAGAGGCCACGCAACGAGAGAUUUGUUUGGGUCCUAACAGAGGUUAUUUUUAUUAAUCAUAUGUAUUUGUAAGUAUUUUAGAGAGCUUUUAGGGUUUGAGUGUGCUUGUGUCCUAGUAUGGAAUUUUAGGCAAGUUUCAGAUUGUUAUUUAGGACAGAUUUGGUCUAGAUCAGGGUCUUACUUUUCAUUUGUAGGUUUUCAGGACAUGGAACGUCAAAGACAUGUUCGUUUUUUCUUUUUUGGUUGAUUGUAAUACAUUGAACAGAUUAACAUAAUUGUUCUUGUAAAAAUUAGUUUGCUGUUCUUUUGUA